GGCCUGAGAGAGUGCAAGAGAAUGGCGGGCAAUAGGAUUACAUAUAAUUCUCGUAAAUCUGAAAGAACAAAAGUGAAGUGGUGUGAUUCAGAGGUUAUUUCCCCUCUUAAAUGUCUAACAAGCAAGAGUUGAGCAAAACAUCACCUUUUGCCAAUAUGAAAUCAUCUCUCUCCUCUCAGUUGCUCUAAUGCGGUGAAUCACGUUUUGAUAACUGAUAUUGGAAAGCGACAGCUAAAAAUUGAAGAAUCAAAUGGUAAUAAAUCAGCACUACGUCUCAGUAAAUUACCGGAUACUUCUAUUACCAUUAAUGUUAAUUCUUUCAUUUCUAUCAAAAACACGAUCGUUGCUCUGCUUGUGUGGCUAAGUUUUGCUUGGAAGAUAAAACAGAAAAGAUGGCUGGCGAUCGAAAACCAAAGGUGGUGAUUGUUGGGGGAAGUAUAGCUGGGGUAUCAACCGCACAUGCACUCUGUUCCGCCGGCUGGGACGUGGUGGUGCUUGAGAAAACCACCACUCCUUCCACCGGAAGUCCCGCCGGAGCUGGUCUCGGACUCGAACCUCUCGCUCAAAGCAUCAUUGGUUCAUGGCUUUCUCGUCAGGAGCUCCUCCACGACUCUACCGUACCACUUACCAUUGAUCAGAACCAGGUAACUGAUAGUGAAAACAAGGUGAACCGGACAUUGACAAGAGAUGAGGGUUUCAACUUCAGAGCAGCACAUUGGGGUGAUCUCCAUGGCCUUCUGUACAAUGCAUUGCCACCAAAUGUAUUUCUGUGGGGUCACCUAUUUCUCUCUUUUCAUAUUGCGGAUGAUAAAGCCUCUGUUGCAGUAAAAGCUAGAGUUCUGAAAACGGGUGAGAUCAUCGAGAUAGUAGGGAAUCUGCUUGUUGCAGCAGAUGGCUGUCUCUCUUCCAUCCGCCAGAGAUUCCUCCCUCAUUUUAAAUUAAGAUAUUCAGGCUAUUGGGCUUGGAGAGGGGUUCUUGAUUAUUCGAAAGCUGAGAAUUCUGAAACCAUUACUAACAUCCGAAAGGCAUACCCUGAUCUUGGCAAAUGCUUGUACUUUGACUUGGGAUCAGGCACGCACAAUGUGUUCUAUGAGCUCCUAAAUAAAAGGCUUAAUUGGAUUUGGUAUGUGAAUCAACCAGAGCCUGACGUCCAGGGAACCUCGGUGACCAUGAAAGUGAGUAGAGACAUGAUCCAGAAGAUGCUCCGAGAGGCAGAGAAUGUGUGGAUUCCUGAGUUGGUAGACGUGAUGAAGAAUACAGAGGAUCCAUUUUUGAAUUUCAUAUAUGACAGUGAUCCCUUGGAGAAAAUAUUCUGGGACAACGUGGUGUUAGUAGGAGACGCGGCUCACCCCACAACUCCUCACUGCUUGAGGGGCGCAAACAUGUCAAUAUUAGACGCAGCGGUGCUAGGAAAAUGCAUAGAGAAGUGGGGAUUUGGAAAACUACGAUCAGCUUUGGAGGAAUAUGAAUCCAUUAGGCUACCAGUAAGUUCGAAGCAAGUUCUGCAUGCGAGGCGUUUGGGACGCUUAAAGCAAGGAUUAGUUCUCCCUGAGAGAGAGCCUUUCAACCCCAAGUCACCCACGCCUGAGGAUUACCAGGAGCUUCAGCAGAAGAACAUACCCUUCUUCACCCAUGUGCCCUCCAUACUUGAUUCCAUUUGAUUGCCAGUAUCAUUAGAACAUCAAUUUGCGUAUUACAGUGAUGCCAACGACUGAUAUAACCAUUAUUGUUUCUCUUAUACCUCUAUCUGGUUUCUCUCUUUUUAUUGUUCUCCUUUUCGCAACUUGUCCUCACUUUUAAUGGAAUAAUUUGUAAUGUCUUCAUUAUUAAUAUAUGAAUUUUCUUCC